GCGGGCGCGUAUUCCAGUGUCCGCACUGUGUUUACUUCCGUCAAUAUCUCCAGCACGGGAGGCAGAGGAGGCAGGAGACAGAGGCAGAGACAGACGAUACAAACAAAGGAGUCGCUUAAAGGUGUCCUGUCUGCUCACAGUCCCCUCCCCCAGCUAACAUGCCUUUCUUGGGCAAAGACUGGAGGUCGCCAGGGUGGAGCUGGAAGAAGACAGAGCAUGGCUGGAAGAGGGUCAUCUUCUAUGGACAUGAGUUGGAAGAUAACAACAGAGAGCUAGACUUGAAAGAGCUCUGCAGUGACAACAAAGAGAAUCUGUUUGUCGGGGAUGUGUGUGAGCUCGCCACCACAAAGAGGAAAAAGGACCUCUACAACAAUAACACCAAAUCCCAAUUUGUUUUCACAGAUAAAUGGAUCUACGUGCAGAAAGGGAGCACGAAAGAACGACACGGAUACUGCACGCUUGGUGAAGCCCUCAACCGUCUAGACUUUUCCAGUGCCAUUCAGGACUUGAGAAGAUUCAACUAUGUUGCGAAACUUUUCCAGCUAAUAGCCCGGUCUCAGCUGACCUCUUUGAGUGGAGCUGCCCAGAAAAACUAUUUCAAUAUACUGGAGAAGAUUGUACGAAAGGUUCUAGACGACCACUACAACCCGCGCCUUGUCAAGGACCUCCUGCAGGACCUGAGCUCGACACUACACAACUUGACCAUCCAUGUCGGCAGGUGUGUCCUCGUGGGCAACAUCAACAUCUGGCUGUGUCGACUAGAGAUCAUUCACAAAUGGCAGCAGCAGGUCAACAACCUGCAGAUCCCCAAGCAAAUGUGCAACGGCAUGUCAUUCAACGACUUGCCGCUACACAUGCAGAACAAGAUCCUCUGCAAGUUAUCUGAUGCCUAUGACAUCAUUAACCUGGGACAGGCCACGCCCACUCUGCACUGCCUCAGUGAGAACAGGGUACUGUGGAAGAAACUCUGCCACUUUCACUUCGCGGACAAACAGUUCUGUAGGAAUCUGGUCCUAUCCAAGAGUGAUAACGUGGACUGGAAGCUGAUGUACUUCACCCUGAAGAAACACUAUCCAAUGAGGGAGCAGUACGGCGACACCUUGCACUUCUGCAAACACUGUAGCAUCCUCUUCUGGAAGGAUCGCCACCUGGCUUUGUUACUCAAGGACUGUGGCCAUCCAUGCACAGCCACCGAUCCAGACAGCUGCCUCAUGCCCAUUUCUCCGCAGCACUUUAUCGACCUCUUCAAGUUCUGAACCCUCCACGCUGUUCUUCAAGAGAAGCAUCCGUUUACUCUCACUCCCGAACCGAGAGUGUGUACGAGACCUUGAUGUCGUUACAAAUACAAAGGGCUUCAACUGAAAGAGAUGACUUUUUUUAUGUCUCCAUUCUUACGCACAAGUGUUUCCAUAAGACAUAGGAAAGAUUAAAGGUAUAGUAUGCAGGAUUGUUGUUUACUGUUUGUGAACACAGUGGAAGUAAAAGCCAACCGCAGAUUUGCCCUUGUUUGAUUCUUUGCCUCGCUGCUUUGGUGUCUUUUUCUGAUCUGUGUCUCUUUGAUACCUGCUGCUUAUGGUCUUCUACCUGGUGGCUAACUUUUUAUAAAGCCCAGACCUUACCUGAGUGCUGUGGGGUUACACCGCCAUAAUCACCAAGCACAGGAAAUAAGAAGAAAUAAGGAAAUACAGGCAUAGGGCAGAGUCUGCAGAUAAAUACACUGACUGUGGGUCAUAAGUGAUGAUUGAGAGAAAUGAUUUCUGUAUAAGUCUAUACAUUGUUUUAAAUGAAAAUCCUGCAUAGUAUACCUUCAAAUGCCUAUGUUUGGAGUUUAAAGUAUUAUUUAACCCUUUAAUGAUCACUUUUAUGUCAAUUACUCACCCAUGUUACAUCGAAUUUGGAAAGAAAACUGUUUUUCUUGCAUGCCUUCACAGUAGCACAGAGUUAUCGAUACAUAUCGAUUCUGAAUACAUUUCAGUACUCAUUCUCCACAGUAUUAAUACACCUUUUAGUAUAACCUUUUUCCCUAUGGUAUUGAAAAUGGCACCAAAUAUUGAUGAUUUUCAAGGUAUUGUAUUGAAGUUAGAAACUACAGUAUUGUGACAAUACUUCACACUGAACGAAGAACCAAAAAAAGAGGACGUUCUAGAUGUAUUUAAGUCAUAGGGGUCUGUGUUUAAAACAGCAAAACUAUAUCAAAACAUCUGUUUACUAACUUUCACACAAUUCGCGCAUUAUAAUCCAGUCCUUAUUUUUCCAGUUGUAUGUUCAGUUCUUCCCAAACACAUGUAUUUUUGCCAAAACUCCUUACGUCUCGUUUUCACUUGCGUAUGUCUACAGAGACAAGGCAUCCAGAAGCCCAUUCAUUCCUAUGGGAAUCUUUGUGAUAGCCGAUGUGCCUACGAAACUCCUCCCCUUGGUAAUAUUGCGGUCCGGAAAUUGCCUUAGAUACCUUAAAAAAAGAUGGAAUUUUGCGUUGGAUUUCGGAGAGACGGUACGACAGUGUGCUAGCUUAGCUAACAGGCUGCUAACUGGCUAACGGACUAUUUCCUUCAAUUGAGCUGCCUGAUGUUGGUUGUCCAGUGAGUUUGUUUGAUUAAAAAGAAGUUGUUUAUCUAGUUUUAACACAUUGUGAAUCUGAGUAAUGUUUUUCUGCUAAAAUAUGGUUAUACAUUAUAUACAGUCAGAUUGUCAUUAUGACUCGUUCAGCCAUUCAUUCGUCUUUUUAAUUAAAUAUUUCACAAAACAUGCUGUAUACCUGGCAGGUCCUGUUUUUAUCUCAGCGAUGUUCCAAGCAAAUAUUCUAAACGACUGGAUGGCGAAAAACUGACAAAAUUAGCCUCUCCCCCACGGCUACAGGUAGUUUCUAUCAGGUUUCUAUCCAUUCGUAAAGAAAUGCACUUUCUUGCGUUGGACACUAGAGGUAUCAUACGUAUAUUAAUGCAUGUACGGACACCAGUCACGAACGUAAGUGAAAACGAGGCUUAGAGAAUGUUUAUGUUUAAGUGUUUUACACAGUAAGGUUUUAGCAGAUAUGGAUGUGUUUGGGCAAACUGAUAGGACUGAGACUUGGAUUAUACUGCACGUUGCAUGUUGAUAUAGUGUUGUUAAAUGCUGUCCCACUUUAACCUCAAUUAAUCAAGAAUGUUUGCCUUUUUUGGAGUCUUCGUUCACUGUGGAGGCAUGAAAGAAAAACAAAGAUUUCGUCACAUUGUCACAGGGUGAGUUAUUGAUACACAAGUGAUCAUUUUGGGGCUGAAGUAUUCCGUUAAGAAUGUCAUGUGAUGGGUAAUUUAUAAAGAACUUUUAUGUUUUUCCCCGGCCGCACAAACGUUUGUCUUCUUGACAAAAUAUUCCUGACAGAGGAAAGACAUAAAUAAUACGUAAAUGUUAUAUGAAUAUGUGAAAAGAUUUAUAUGUAGGAGUUGUAGCAUGUUUAUAGUAGGUAAGUGGUGAUAGGUAAUGUUUAAGAGGUGCAACACGUGCAGUGUGGCAGAAUACGAUGACUCGUGUUAACUGUUUAUUUAAUGGGGUUAAACUCUUCUCUGCUUUUUGCUCUGUUCCGUUUCGGUGGUAUUUUUCUGCAAUAACUGAAUGCAUGUCAUGUUUGACUCUGUUUACAUACUGUAUGUUGUCCUAUGUGAAUUCUUGCUGUGCUCUGUGUACAUCGGAAGCGUCAACACUAAGAGAAAAUAAUGUAAAGCUCCGUUAGCCGUACAAGUUUUUACAAUCUGCUUUUGUCAGACAGGAAAUGGUAAACGUUAUUUAAAGGAGAAAAAAAAAGUUUUGUAUCCUUUCUCUCGACUUUUGUAAUAUUCCUGUGCCGUCCCAGUACUCCUGAUGAUACUAUCAUGAAUUUUAUGGGACAGGAACUAGCUCUAAAGAAUUAAAUAUUU